AAGAGAAAGGUGGCAGCAAAAGAUAGUUCACAGCUAGCGUUCUUCGGUCAAAAGCUGUAUUGGCUCAGAUGGAGUUCGCCACGACCCGGCCAUCCUCCUAUCUAUUUCAUCAAAUAGUUUCAUGAAUACACAGUAGCUCGUGGAGCAACUGGGAGGAACUUUGUGAACCAGCAAGCGGAUCUUUCGUUCUAGCUUGGAGACAGGCGCACCGAUCGAAGCAAAGCCCCGCGAUCAGCUCCGUAGCCGUGCCUAGAUUUCACUGCUUGUCUUCUUCGAGAGGUGGGAGAUCUGCAGCUCCAAAAGACUCUUUAGAUCUCCAGAGCUGUGGUUCAUCGAUCACCUGUCUAUGUUCAUUGCUUGGUUCUUCUGAAGCUUUACUUGUCCAUGGGGAUGAGAGGGAACCCUGAAGGAAGAUUGGCGUCAAAAGUGGCCCUUCUGUGCUGUGCUUUCUUGUUUAUCUUCUCUGUUCUCAGUCUCGCUGCAGGAAACAGCAGCAGUAGGGAUCGUUCAGAGAUCACAAGCUGGAGAACAAAGUUCGACCCACAGGGGUGGCGGUGGCGGCGGCAGGGGCCCGAGGCCGCGGUGACGGCGGUGGUGGCAAUGAGACGAAGGGGGCUGAUGGGGCCAGGGUCGCAUCCGCCACGUUGCACAUCGAGGUGCGGCGCGUGCACCCCGUGCUGGCCGGUGCACGUCCCGGUCCCGCCAAGGGCGCCAGCGGACGCCGCCGAGUACUACCCCGAGGCCUGGCGGUGCAAAUGCGGCGGCCGCCUCUACGUGCCGUAACCAACACCCACGACCUCCACUCGCGCAGCAGCACAUAGAGGAAGAAGAAGACUCCCAUCAUACUACUCUACCCUCUCAUCAACAGAGAGAGAAAGAGAACCUGCAUUUGCUACGACUGCACAAUUCACCUGCCAUGCGUGUGAGCUCAAAGAAGCAUUAAGCCCUGAGAAGAAGCACUUGAAAUUAAUGUACAGAAGCAUACAUUCAUCCAAACAACGUAUGUUGCACAGUGCAUGCAUCUGCCAUUUUGUGUGUGUAUAUAUACAUUGAUUAAGCUCUAUAAGGUUUGAGCCUUGUAGAGAAAGUGCUUAUCAUGUAUAUAGAUGCAUGGUUUUCGAGCGCAUCCAUUAAUAAUAUGUUUCCAUCCUUUGAUUGUGCAGCUCCAA